UGUGAAAGAAGGGAACAUUAAAUAAGAAGAAUAGGCAAAGAUGGUAAAAUAUCAAAAUGCAAUUAAGGAGGCAAAAGACUUGUUCUGGAAACUGACUCUUAAGCUGGCCAUCGACCUCAUCAAUUCGCGUGCAGACCCGGUGCAUCCGCAUUCCACGAUUUUGACGGCGAUCCGUAGAUUGAUGACGCAGGAUUGGAUGGUCCGGAUAGUUCAUACAUACAGAGAGGGGAAUAGAGCCGCGGACUGGCUCUCGAAACACAGUCCCGUCUAUCCCUUCGGUACGUAUGAGCUAGCUGAACCACCAAGGGACCUCAAAAAGAUUCUGCUGGAAGACAUGGUAGGCGUGAACUUCCCUCGCAUGGUUGUUCAGAAUGGAGAAUAGAUUCUCUAGUUUUGCUGGUUGGGUUGUGGAACUGUCUUUUAUGUGGUUUAUCUGUGGCUGUUUGAGUCUCCCUCUGGCCAAACUGGGCAUCGUUUUGCAGAGCCCAGUGACCCCUCUGUAAUGUAACUCGUUCUGCUGGCCUCGGCCUCCUUUAUUAAAAAAAAAAAAAACUAAAUGCACCAGAACACUGGGAAUUUUAAGAUUAUAUAUACCAGAUAACCCAUUUGUUGCGGUUCACAAUUCUGGUUGCCAGUGAUCUGAAAGCACAAACACAAAAGCAACCAAAACAAAACUUAAGAUGUCUAAUUGUGAAUAAAAUCAUAUUCAAUUAGCUGCAGAUCACUCUCAAAGAUUAUAAAGAGCAUAUGACCUGCCAUAAGUGAAUCAAAAGGGGAAUUAUUCAUAUGGUCAAUGUUAAGUGUAAACUUAAGACUUCAAGGAAGCCAAACUAAUAACUGGUUUCACCAUGAAUGCAACCUCAUACGCUGGCCAAGUAACGCAUCUUUUGUACGCAGAUGGCACGUUAAUCUUCCGUGACGCCAAUUUGUAUCAGAUUAUGCAUACUGAGAGCUGCUCUUUUAUGCUUCCAAGUCAUCUCAAGGUUGAAGAUGCAACCUCGACAACUCCUGAUAUAAUUUGAUAAUUUCCUUUAAUUUAAUGUUGUAAUGUUCUCUUCUCUCAAGUUAUACUGAGUUGUAACCAUGUAUGAGCUCUUAAUUUUGUGUAUUUAUUAAUACUAGUUUUUUGGCCCGCGUUUCCCGGCGGUAAAAAAUUAUUUAUAUUUAAAAAUUUAUCAACUCAUUUAAUGAUUUAAGUAAUUGGUAUAUGAGAAUAAUUAUUCCUUCAUAAUUUUUAUGUGUUGUAUUUUUAAUUUGUGUAAUUUUAUAGAACAAUGUUAUAUAAAUCUUUUGUAAUGUGGUCUAAUAAAAUAAAAUGAACUUACAAUAACUCCCACUUUUGAUGAAAUCAUUAUGCAAAAUUAACUUAUUUUAAUGAACCUUUGCAUAAUCCAAAUUUAAGAUAUAGCUAAUAUUGUGGGUAAUAAUGAAGAAAUUUAUUUAGUAAUAUGUGAAUUAGUAUUAAAAGUAUCACAUUUGAUUAAAAUGCUAUAUAAAACUAACUGACCUUACAAAACCAUUGUGUAGUACAAAUUGAUGAAAUAGUCAAUAAUUUAGUUAAAAUUUAAAAAUCUCAUUCAAACUUAUGUUAUGAAAUAUUUGCUUAUUACAUUUUUACUUGAUACGUAAGAAAUUACGAUUCCUCCAUAUGCUUUACAUAGUUUUUUAUUACUUUGAAAGUCUUAUGUAAUAUGUUAUACUUAAUUGAUAAAUAAGGAAUAACUAUUCCUUUGUAAGCUUUACGUAAUUUAUUUAUAAGCUACAUAAUUUUUAUAGAAUGGUAUUAUGUAAAUCUUCUAUAAUGUGUGGUCUAAUAAUAAAAUCAGUUAUAAAAAGUGUUACAUUUAAUUAAACUACUAUGUAAAGUAAACUUACCUUACAUAAAUUUUGUAUAAUGAUAAUUGAUGAGAUAGUAAGCAUUAUUGUAGUUAAUAAUAAGGUCUACGUUAUGCAUUGCAAUGCAUAAACAUUAUGUAAUGUGAAAUGAAAAUGUACAUACAAAGUUGACUAUAGGAGAAAAAGAGCUUUAUACUAAAAUAGGGUGUAGGAGAUGGGAAAAAAAAACUAAGGGUUCAUAAUAAAAUUGAGUAUAUAAAUAAAAAAACUUUGUGAAUGGUACCUGCUACAAAAAAGGGAGAACAUAUUUAAUACUACCCUUAUUUUGUUAAAGAAUAAUGAUUAUUUUAUGUAUUUGUAAUAAAUAAAUCUUCUGUAAUAUGAAAUGAAUAAGUUUACGUAAU